AUGGGCGGUAAGAUAGAUAGAGAUGUCAACAAAAACGGGGGACCACCAGUUUUCAGAAUACAUGGGCAAAACUUCCACUACAUUGGAAGUCUCCAGCCGGUUGACGGGAAACGGCCACAUUUUGCUCAAUUAUAUAUCUAUGAUACAAAUAAUGAAAUGGUCAAUCGCCUAACUUCCGUAAGGCCAGACGGUGAUAUGAGUGACAUCCAUGAAGAAAUUUUCAUGGAUAUUCAACAAGCGUUGGAUUCAGAUAAUGUGUUGGUAAAGUCCUUCAGAAUGGCCCGCUUAGAAAUAGAAAAUAAUCCAGUGGCUGAGGUAAAGAUAAAAUUGCUUGGUAAGAGAUCAAGGGAUGCGAGAACUUAUAAUCUACCUCAAGUUUCAGAAGUUGCUGCAUUAAUUGUUGGGGAUAUUGAUGCAAUUAUUGGUGAGCAUGACAUCUUAGUGGAAACAAAGACUGUUCUAUUGCAACGAAUUAGUGAACUAAACCCAGCGUACUUACCAUUGCAAUACCCGUUGUUGUUUCCUUAUGGGGAGGACGGUUAUAGGGAAGACAUCCAGUUCUCAACAUUAAAAGGAAACAGUUCAGGUGGUAGACAAAGGAUUAGUCCGCGGGAAUACUUCUCAUACCUCAUCCAGUCUAGAGUUACGCAGAUUUCUACAUUACUGCAUGCAAGAAGGCUUUUCCAACAAUUUCUGGUAGAUGCAUACACAAUGGUCGAAUCCGGCAGGUUGAUCUAUAUAAGGACCCACCAAAAAAGUUUGAGGUGCGAAACAUAUAAUUGCUUGAACGAUGCAUUAACACGCGGUGAAGUCGAUCCUCGGACUCAAGGGAAAAGGAUAAUAUUGCCGUCGAGUUUUAUUGGUGGUGCUAGAUACAUGAUACAGAACUACCAGGACACUAUGUCUAUAUGUAGAUGGGUUGGAUACCCGGAUUUAUUUAUUACAUUCACAUGCAAUCCAAAGUGGCCGGAGGUGAAACGCUUCUUGACUGAUCAUAAUUUAAAACCGGAAGACCGGCCUGACAUAAUAUGCAGACUAUUCAAGAUGAAGUUGGAUGCUUUAAUUUCAGAAUGCAGGAAGGACAAGUUGUUUGGAGCAGUCAUUGGAGUUAUCUAUACCAUCGAGUUUCAAAAGCGUGGUCUACCGCAUGCUCAUAUACUCCUAUUUCUGGAUAAUCAACAACGAGCAUCACAGGGGUUACAUUUGGACAACAUAAUUUCUGCUGAGUUACCUGAUCCCAUACAAGAUCCAGAAUACUUCAAAUUAGUGGAUGAGUAUAUGAUGCACGGUCCUUGCGGUAGAGCUCGGUUGAAUUCUCCAUGCAUGGCUAAGGGUAAAUGUACUAAACACUUUCCCAAAAAGUUUGUUAAUGUUUCUAAUUUUGACGAUGAUGGUUAUCCUAUUUAUCGGAGACGUGACAAUGGUCGUUCUGUGGUGAGAAAUGGGAUUACUUUGGAUAAUCGCUAUGUGGUGCCACACAAUCGGCACUUAUUGCUAAAGUAUAGAGGUCAUAUUAAUGUGGAAUGGUGCAACCAAUCCCGUUCAAUAAAGUACUUGUUCAAAUACGUGAACAAGGGUAACGACAGGGUGACCGCAGAGUUCUACCGCAGCAACAACGAGGGAGAUGAACCGCAAGUGAUUGAUGAGAUAAGUAUGUAUUAUGAUUGUAGGUACAUAUCUCCGUGUGAAGCUGCCUGGCGUUUGUUUGGUUUUGAAAUACAGUUGAGAACACCAGCAGUUGAACAGUUAAGCUUUCACCUGCCCAAUCAACAGAGUGUAAUUUUUGCAGAUGAUGAUCCGGUUGAUAACGUACUUAGUCGACCAACUAUAUUACAAAGCAUGUUCCUUGAAUGGUUUGAGGCAAACAAAACAUACCCAGAAGCAAGGAAACUGACAUAUGCUGAAAUGCCAACGAAGUUUGUUUGGAAAAAGGAUAUUAGAAAAUGGCAUCCAAGGAAAAGAGGGUUUUCAAUCGGUAGAGUUUUCUACGUACCGCCUGGCAGUGGCGAGAUAUUCUAUUUGCGAUGCCUUUUGAAUAAAGUUCAAGGGCCUACAAGUUUUGCGGAUAUAAGAACAGUCAAUGGUGUGCAGUAUGAAUCCUUUAGGGAUGCCUGUUCAGCUAGGGGAUUAGUAGACGACGAUAAGGAAUAUGUUCAUGCUAUUGAAGAAGCAGGUCAGUGGGCCACAUCUGCGAAUUUGAGAAGACUGUUUGUGACUUUGUUGGUGUCCAACUCAAUGUCAAAACCGGAAGUGGUGUUGGAAGCUACGUGGAGCUAUUUGACUGAAGAUGCACAAUUCCAUAUUAGACAACAAACGGGACUUGGAGAUUUAAUUUUAUCUGAGGAUCAAAAAAAGAAUUAUGCACUAUCGGAGAUAGAAUUACUGCUCACAGCUAUAGGAAAGAGUUUGAAGGACUUUCCUUCAAUGCCAUAUCCUGAUUUACAACUUCUGGACAGAACAACCAAUAGGUUAAUACAAGAGGAAUUGUCAUAUGACAUUAAUGCAAUGAAGGAAGAGAAUGAUAGUUUGGUGGAACAACUGACUGAAGAGCAAAAGGCAAUAUAUGAUAAUGUUUUGGAUGAUGUUGAGAAAGAGUUGGGGGGAUUGUUUUUUGUGUACGGAUAUGGUGGUACGGGUAAAACUUUCCUGCGGAGAGCAUUGUCUUCCGCUUUGAGGUCAAAGGGUCAGAUUGUUUUAAAUGUAGCAUCAAGUGGCAUAGCUUCUCUAUUACUACCAGGAGGUAUGUUGGUCCCGAAAGGGUGGUGA